AUGCCCAAGGGGAAAGCAAAAGGUCCAAAAGGGAAGAAGAUCACCCUAAAAAUAGCCAAAAAUUCCAUCCGGAUAGCUUUGGAUGGAGGGCUUCGUCUUGACUUAAGCAAGAUGGGCAUCACCACCUUCCCCAAGUGCAUUCUGAAACUGGCUGAUGUGGAUGAACUCGAUUUGAGCAGAAACAUGUUAAAAAAGAUUCCAAGUACCAUACAGAAGUUCCAAAAUCUACGCUGGCUGGACUUGCAUAGUAAUCAGCUUGAGGACCUGCCUGAGGCAAUAGGUAGCCUUCAGAAGCUUUUAUACCUGAAUAUAAGCAACAACAAGUUGACCACCAAAAACCUGCCAGAAGACUUGAGCCUUCUCAAGAACCUGCGUAUUCUCAACCUUGGACUGAAUUGUCUUGACAGUAUUCCCACCACUCUUGGGUCUCUGAAAGAACUUAAGGAGAUAGGUCUCUUUGAUAAUGCCUUGACCACCAUCCCAAAGAGUGUGACAAAUCUCCCCAAUCUCAAGAAGAUGAAUGUAGAAAGAAAUCCUUUCCCAGACUCAAAGGAAGAAGUGCAAGAUGACUCCAUUAAACGUGUAGAGACUCUUUACUUAGUACAAGAGAAAGACCUGUGCUCUUCCUGCCUGAAAAUGUGUCAGAAUGAGAGGGACAAGAUGAACACAUUAACGAACAAAACACAGAACCCCUCAAGGAAGCUAAGUUUCCCUUUGCUUCUUACACCCAAUUCCUCCGCAAAGGAUAACCAAGAAGAAUGGAGAUUAAAAGGCAAAGAUCUCUGA